CUAAAGUAUCUCCUAGACGCGAAUGGAUAUUUUCUCGCGGAUGUAGCGUUAAUUCUGUCUGAUAGCAGAUGUUGAAUUUGUGCUUAACAGCAAUUAAUAGAGAAAAAUAACAAGUAUGUAUAUUGUCGAUAUAAUAAUAGCAACUUAAGAUAACUUUCUGACAACAGAUAGCUAUAUAUAGCGGUGGUAUAUAGCUACAUGUCCAAGUUAAAUGCCAGCGAGUCGCUGUCGUUUUAAAAUGGAGGCUAAUUAUGAUACAAUUACGCUUGAGCUAAAUAACCAAGUCAUAUUUGAUGCUGAUGAAACAAAAGGAGAGCAGAAGAGUUUUUUGUUUCACGAUAAGGACUUGGAUGAUAUUCCCCCAUCUCUGCUUAGCUACUUUGAAACCUCAAAGAGUAGAGCAGCAGUUUGUGAGAAGCUCAUCCUUGAGGAAAUUGAAGACUUCACGUUAUCACAUCACACUGACAACACAAUGAACUUGCCAUUUGAACUUGAUAAGGACAAGAGGAAACCAAAUGAGCAGGUCACUGGUGACACAGAAAAUGAAGAGAGCAACACUUCUACUGACACCCGCCUCCGUCCUGCACCCACAGAACCACUUUUUACUCACAAUGUGUCAGUGUGUCCCAACAAUGAAGUUGAAACUGGAACACAUAAAUAUACGGAGAGUGAGAAGCAUUUUGCAUUUGAAUACGAGGCAAAGCAAGAAAAACGACACUGUGAGAAGAAGGAGGAGGAAAGGAGACAAAUAGAAAGAGACUUCCAGAAGGAGCUGAAGAAGAUAAUGGAGGCAGAGAAGCUGCAUCAGAAGGAAUUUGAGUUGAUGGGGAAAAGAGCUCAGGAAAAACUUGAACAGGAGUUGCUGCUGCAACAGGAACUGAUCAGCAACUUACAGAGACGAGUGGAGGACGAGAGGAGGAUGAGGGAAGAAGAGCAGAAGAGGAUAAAGAAUGAGGAGGACAAGAGGAAAAGGGAAGAGGAGAAAAUCAAGAUAGAGGCAGAGAGGAAACAAAUGGAGGAAGAGACAAGGAGGAAGAAAGAGGAAGAGAGAAAAAUAGAAGAGAUGACACUUAAAAAAAUAGAGGAGAGGAAACAUAAGGAAGAAGAAAAGAGGAGAAUGGAGAGGGUGGAAAAGAGGAAGGGAGAAGAGGAAAGAGUUGAUAUAGAUUUGGAAAAGAAGAAGCUAGAGGAUGGGAUGAGAAUGACAAUGGAGAAAGAAGAGAGGAAAAGGGAGGACGAGAGGAGGAAAAGGGAGAAGGAAAGAAAAGAGACAGAAGAGGCAAGGAAAAAGAUGGAGAAAGAGAAGAGAAAAAUGGAGGGAGAAAUGACCCUAGAGGAGGAGGAGAGAAAAAAUAGCAAGAAAGAAAACAUGAGAAUAGAAGAAGAGGUGAGAAAAACUAAGGAGAUUGAGGAGAGAAAGAAGCAGGAUGAGAUGAGGACGAAUAACGAAGAACAGGGGGCUGAUGAUAGAAAAAGGAUGGCUCAGGAAAAGCUUAAUGAAGAGAUGAGUAGGAGGGGUAAAAGUAAACAUGAAAAUGUAGAUGAAGAAAUAACAUUUGUGGAGAGGAAAAAGAAGGAAGAAAAGGACAGGAAAAAGACGGAGGAGAAAAGGGAAGUGAAGGAAAUGGCAAGAGAAAAGGAAGGGGAAAACAGAAGACUUAAAGAUGAACUUGGACCCAUGGAAGAGUAUGAGGAGACGAAGACGGACAAUGAAAAGAAAACAAAAGAAGAAGAGCAGAAGGGGAAGCAGAGGGAUGAAGUGUAUUACAAAAUAAGGCUUAAAGAGGAUCAAGAUGGCUAUAAAGGCUGUGAUGUGUACAACAAAAAGUUGGAACAGAAGAGCAAAACAAAAGAAAAAAAACAGGAGGAGACGAGCAAAAGGGAGGAGGAGAUCAAAAAUGUGGAGGAAGAGAAGCAGCUGAAGGGAGAAUUUAAAGAGGAACCCGAAAAAAACAAAGAGGAAAUUAGACUCAAACUAAAUGAGGGGAGCCAAAAGAGAGUGGUGCACGACAGGGAAAAGGACGUAAGAGCAAAUGAGCUGCAAGAGAAAAGAAAAAAUAACCGCACGAAUAAAGAUAAAACAGAAAACUCCCUGGUCUCACAACUACAAGACAGCACCAGCUGGACUUCCUCAAGCCCUGGUCCUUUACAAAGCGAGUCUACAGUCAGGCCCACCAGUACUGAAACCAUACUACAACAACAUGACCCAGAAGUCAGUCAGACCUCCCUAGAUAAAACUGUGGACUACGAAAAUCAAGCAGCAAGGCCUCCCCCUGUGUUUUUACCCGUGUGCCUCCCAGUGCACACAGAGAAGAAGAGGCUGUCAUGGAUGAAUAACUGUAUCCCCUGGUCCAAACUCUCCCUCCAGAACAAGAGGAAGCAGAAAGGAUCCGUUCGGAGCCGGAGAGGGCUGAGAGGCGCUAGCGAGGCCAACAGUCCGCCACCUCUCUGCCCUGACUCUUUGCUUCAGUUCACAGGCAAGAAAUCCUUGCAAGAGAUGACUACAGUGACCGUGGAGGACCUGCCCGGCUGUAGCUUAAGCACUCUCGCUCAGUGUACUCAACUUCAGUCCCUCACCCUCAGACGCUGUGGCCUCAACUCCCUGGAAGGCAUCAACCAGAUACCACAGCUCUGCUACAUCGAUGUACAGGAAAAUAACAUCUCAUUUGUCAACUGUGAAAAUAUGACUAGUUUACGAGUUCUUCAACUCGGCCACAACAAGCUGACGUCCAUCCAUGGUUUAACUGGUGCUGAAAAUUUGGACGUUCUAGACCUCUCCUACAACUCCAUCACUCGCAUUGCUGGUCUAGAGUCUAUGAGGAGACUGCAGAGGUUGUCACUGGAUCACAACCAGCUGAUCAGCACCAAAGGACUGAGGGACGUGUUCACUCUUCUGCAUCUGAACUGCUCACACAAUCACCUGGCAAGCGUGGAGGGUCUGGAGAACAGCGCUCUCCUCAACACACUGGACCUGAGAGCCAACAAUCUUACUGAGCCCCCCAGUCUGAACAACCAGGUCCUCCUCCGAGAGCUGCAUCUAGACGACAACAGCAUCUCCUCGCUGCAGGGCCUCACUGCUUGCUGGCUCCCUCUCAUGCAACGUCUCUCUUUGGCCCAAAACAGAAUUACCCAGCUGCCCUCCAUGUCUGAUUCUGUGUCCCUUGCAAAUCUGGAUCUUCGAUUUAACUGCAUGUCAGAACUCCAGAACGUGUGUGAAAGUCUGGAGGGAUGUCAAUCCCUGCGAGAGGUCCACCUCACAGGGAAUCCUCUUCAGCAGGAGAGAAGCUGGAGAUCCACUCUGCAGAAAGCAGUGCCUGGGCUGAGGGCCACCGAUGACCAGGAGACAGACUCUUUUCUACCGCCCCCUGCUGUUCAAGAGGGCAACUUGGCUCCGGGCAGCUUCCUAGCGUUCUGCCAGGCUCAGCUUCAACAGACUGGUGAUUUACAGCAGAGGCACAGCAGGGAGCUCAGUAAUGCCUCAUCUUCCCUGGAUGCUGUGAAGACCUCCUGCCGACACUUUGCUGAGGCUCUACAGCUGGCUAAGGACCAGAGAUUUGCCCAUGAAUAUGGUGACACCACUGUGGCUGCCAAACUCAAGGCUGCAUGCCAGACAAAACCUGAGGAUAAAAUUGGACACAUGGACAGCACCAAUGCUGACAAGUGUACUGAGUGCCCAGAAAUGGAGUCCACUGGAAAAGUCCAACCAGUUCUUCCAAACAGCGACAUUAUCAGAUACAAAUACGGGACUUUUGAGGAGAAGUUAGCUGCAGAGAGUCAGCAUUACUCAUUUGAUACUGUUGCAGGAGGUUCAAAGACAGAGACAACAAAUUGCAGAGCUAACUCUGACAGUGUUCACUCCUCUGCAACAAAGGGAAAGCCAACUUCCUCCGAUAACGAAAUGGCACUGGGCCUCCAAAACACAGCAGCAGUCGUGAUUCAGCAGCUGUGGAGGAAAUAUAGACUGAAAUGUGAGAACAUCAGCAGCCUUUCCACAGCUGAGAAAGGAGGAGGAAGUGGUGGAGAUGGAGGAAAGCCAGCGUUAAGACCUUCAUAUAUUAAUGGGAGCGUUGUUGGCCAAGAUUAUGCAGCAACUGUCAUCCAGGCUUUUUGGAGAGGCUUCACUCUGCGGAGGAGGCUGGCAUCUGCUUUGGCUGCUGUCACAUGCCUCGACACCGGAGAGGACGACACCUUUGAGGAGGUGGACAUGGAUGAAUUUGUUUUUGAUGAGGCAGCACUGGAGAAACACUGGACAUUGUUGCUUACUGAGGACCCACCUCCUAGACGUGGCCCUGUGUCUGAGCAGCCGCUGUCUCUAAAGCCUCUUGAACCCUUCCAGUACAUACUCCCACCACCGCUUGUAUUGAGGCCAAAGCAGGCCUGGGUGCCCGGAGAACAGGUGGACUCUGCUGGACAGAGGGUGUCCCCAGAGAGCUCCAUCAGAGGCCAAUCUCCUGCUUCAACCUCAAUGCUCAGUGGUCUGUCUGAAAGAUCAGGAAAGAUUCUGGAAGAAUGGGGUUUCACCGACAGCCACACAGCUCUUCUGAUGCUCAAGAGAGCUCAGAAGAUGAAGUCAACGAAGCAACAGCAGAAAAAACGUAGAGAUCCCUCUGUCCGUCUUGCCUUGUUUAGAAACUGCAGUCACCAGCUUGGUCCAGUGGAGGCACGAAACAGACCAGCAAAACACAACAGGAAUUAUAUAAGAGUUGGUGAGGCUGAGCUGGGCCUUCAGCAGGCAGAGAAGGUGGAGCGAGUGACGCAGGAGCGAGCUGAGCAGUGGCUGCGCACCCAGGCUGCUCACUCUGACAGGGACUCAGAGAGCGAGCAUUUCUUACCGGAGAUCAGCGCUGACAUUCUCAACGGUGGCAGAGUGCAGCUUGUGGCUGACCCAGGAUAUACAGAAGGUCUACAUCAGGCCAAUGGAUUGUGGGCCAACGGGUUGUGGGCCAACAGCAGUUUAGCUGCCCAGCCUUGCAAAGAGAACAAUUAUCCUCGCAGAAACUCUUUGGGUCGUGCAAGAAAGGAGGUUCCAUCUCCUCAGCGAGUCACAUCAGCGCCGUCAAAAAAGGAGCGCAUCUCCUACCGAGACAACCCUGUCCAGUUGAGUGGCGGCUGGGGAGGGGGCAAGAAGCGGGACAAAGUGUACAAGUAAAACACAAACUCUUCUACUACCACGUCACCUUCUUUUGCUGUCCUUAUCCAACACCCUGAGCAACUUGAAGACUGAUACAUUUGGUAUUUGUCCGUCUUCUAAUACAUAUCUGUAAAAAAAAAUGCAGCAUUUUCAAAAUAUGUGUAUUUGGUUCAGGAAAGCAUGUUUAGGCUAACAACAACCUGUGUUGUUGUAUGAACAGGUAUUUGUGCUAAAAACCCAAAUGGAAUGACCCAAGAUUAAAACCAUUAGAUUUCUGUCUCACAAGGCAAUUUUUUCCUUCCACAAAGAAGACUUUCUUUAUUUUUAUUUAUAAUGCCAUUUAAUCGCCGCAGCUGAAAACUCAAGCUCCCUGUCCCGAAAAUUAAUUAAACCCAAUAGGUCCUGGACCAGCGCAAAUAUCUUCAGGCAGUUCCAUUAUGUUGAUUUAGCUCAAGUAUCACUGCCUGAAUGUGAUCGCAGCCAACCAGCAACAAAACACAUGGAACAAAAUGCCACGCUUCAUAUGCAAAUCAUAGCAGAAAAUAAGAACCAGGACCUUUUUAAUACCUGUGGAUUCAUGUUUCUUUGGAUGCUGAACUGUUGUUUCUCUGCUGAUUUCCUCCCUUGACAAAAAUAUAGUAAUUACAGUUUGUAGCCAUGGAAAGAGACUUGCUUUUUCUACCCUCUCUUGUGCUCUCUUAAGAGUAAAGUUUGAUAAAUCCCAGAGAUUUCACUGCAAUUUCCCCAUUCUGCGGCUAUAUUUAGCUCCUGCUCACCAACAGUGGGCUUGAAAUUGCUGCUUUUAUCAGCCGAGCACAAACAUUGGUGUUAGAAUUAGAACAAUGUUUUCUUUAUUUCCAGUCGUGGAUUAUAAUGGCCGUGUCUGUGUAUUUGAAUUUGGAGAGCUUAGGCGUCCGUCCGCAAACACUGCCCAACCAGAGGCGGUGAACCUCAGGCUUGGAGGCUCCUCCUCCCUGGUCCGCCGCCUGGAAAUGAUAACUUAAUGAAUAUCAAAACAAAUAGCCUUAGCUGCAGAAUGGCUCCCUGGCAGGAAAUGCAUGUCUGUCUAUUUAUUUUUCCCUUGUCUUUCACUUGCACAUGUCUGGAAGGUGUGUUUUGACUGUACGUGAGCUGAUGGGGGAUUUUGUAAGUGGUGUAUGCCAGAAAUGUGGCGGUCCUGCCCACUUGGGGAUUAUUGUGAAACCCAAUGCACUGUCUUCUUCCAGGGGGGGACUGAUUCUUCAUCAGGCUCUCUGUGGGACAUCAAGGGGGGUGUUUCUGUCAACAAACUGUCAUUACGCAACUUCUUUAACAUUCAGAUUUUUAUUGCACAAUCAACAUGAAAAGACAGGUGACGUAAAAGUACUGAAUAUAUCUUGUCUCUAGUUUUGUUUUGUUUGACACAAGUUCAGAUUUACCCAGACUCAGAGU